AAUAAAAAUAAACUAAAUUACAGAAUGUUGCGCCUUUUCCGUGGUCUUGCGGGGCAACUGGUAAACCGACGUCGUUUGGGCCUUAUUCCCCAAACCGAAACGAAGAAUGGGGCAGUCAAGGAGUUGAAAGAGCCAAAAAAUGGAGAGAUGGAGCUGAAAGAAGCAGUCAAGGGAGAGAUGGAGCUGAAGGAAGCAGUCAAGGGAGAGAAGCAGCUGAAGCAACCUCCACCCAAAAAUCAGGAGCUAAACCAACCAAUCCUCAAAGGUCAGGCGCUAAACCAACCAAUCCUCAAAGGUCAAGCGCUAAACCAACCAAUGCUCACCAUGAGUGAAGUGCAACAAUCCCUCGAUAAAGAGAAAGAGGAGCUACUGCCCAAACCCGACGACUCCAAGCUGAGCGAACGCUAUCUGAAGUUCCGGGAAAAGCUACGAUCGGAGGCGCCCGUGACAUGCCUGCCGAAAGGUGCACCACAUCCGGCCCACGAGAAAGAUCCCCUGGUGCCGUGGCCUAACAAUACCAAUCCACAUACCGGAGAAGUCGGUGGACCGGCGGGACCAGAGCCCACACGCUAUGGCGACUGGGAGCGCAAGGGACGCGUUACAGAUUUCUAGACAAAAAACAAAAGAGACAAUGAAAUUUUCACCUCUGUUUGGACAAAUUUUGUGAUUUAUUAGACGUGUUAACAACAGAA